AUGGCUCGUAAAUAUUUGACUGAGGAAGAGAUAAAUGACUUAUUGAAUGUCGCUAAUGAUUCAGACAAUGAUAUUAACUCUAAUAAUACUGAUUGUAGUGAUCAUAAUAGUGAUUCAGAAUUGACACAAAUGUCUUACAAAUUAGUGAUACAGUGUCUGAUCACCAAAGCUAUCAAUUUAAUGAAACAAUUAAAUCCAAUAAAUGUAAUUCAACCAUCAACAUCACAAUUAACAUCUCAACAAUUACCGAUACUAUUGCCUCAAACUUUGUCUCAGCAAUCAUCUCAAACGACAUCUAACAUAUCUCAAUCAUCUCAACAAUUGUCUCCAAAAUCAACUAAUUCAUCACAAAAUUCAAAAACCGAAUUAGAUCGUGAAAAACGAAAGCAAACAUAUAAUAAUUUAAUUGAUGAAAAAGAAAUGCUUGCAUAUAUUGGACUUUGUAUUCUUAUAGGAGUUGAUAGAUCUUCACAUGAAAAUCUCAAUGAUUUAUGGGACACUGGAGGAAGAGGACGUGACAUAUUUAGGGCAGUAAUGCCUUUGAAAAGAUUUCAAUAUAUUACUGAACAUUUGUGUUUUGAUCAUAUAGCUUCACGUGAAGCUCGUAAACUGAAUGGUGACAAAUUAGCUCUAUUUAGUAAUAUUUUCACUGAAUUUAGAAAGGUUUGUCGACAAAAUUAUGAAAUGUCAACAAACGCUACAAUUGACGAAAUGUUAAGACCUUUCAGAGGUCGGUGUCAAUUCAAGCAAUAUAUGCCCAAAAAGCCAGCAAAGUAUGGCUUAAAAUUUUUUAUUAUAUGUGAUUCAGAAACUGCUUAUUGUUAUGAUGCCUUAUUUUAUACCGGAAAAGAAAAUAAUACAAAAGCUAAAAGUGUCUCUCAAAAUGUUGUCUUAGAAUUAACAAAACGUAUUAAACAUACUGGACGUAAUAUUACAACAGAUAACUGGUUUACAAGUUAUCCGCUGGCUAAUGAAUUAUUAAUGUCUAAUCUAACACUUGUUGGAACAGUAAAGCAUAAUAAGAAGGAAAUACCAAAACAUUACUUAGAAAAAAAGAAGAGAGUUAUCGGUUCUUCUGAGUUUUCAUCCAAUGAUAACAUUACACUCGUUGCCUAUUAUCCUAAGAAAAAUAAAGUUGUUUUGGUGUUAAGUUCAAUGCAUUCUACAGAAAUAUGCAGUCCUCCAAAAAAACCAGAAAUUAUUGAAUACUAUAACCAUACAAAAGGAGGGGUCGACACAUUAGAUCAAAUGUGUGCAACUUAUAGUACUGGUCGUAAAACAAAUAGAUGGCCAACUGCGGCAUUUUUUGCACUUUUGGACAUCAUGGCUGUAAAUUCGUAUAUAAUUUAUAGACAUUAUGCAUCACAUUUGAUACCAGAACCAAAUGAAAGUAAAAAACGUCGCGAGUUUUUACACACAUUAGGUGAAGGCUUAGCAUUCAAACAAAUGAUGUCAAGAUUGGAAAUCAAUGAAUUAAGUCAAGACUUGAGAAUGAGAAUAAAACUCAUUAUUAAAAGAAAACAUCCAGAAUUACUACCUAAACCUAAUGUUACGAAAGAUGCUGGCAAACGAAAAAAAUAUAAUGCAAAUCAAAGUCGUUGUUAUUUGUGUCCGAGAUGUGAUAACAAAAAGGCUACUAUUAGAUGUAAUGAUUGUGAUCAGUUAAUUUGUAAAUCAAAUCAUAUGAUUAUCUAUUGUACUCAAUGUUCUGAUAAAGAUUAUACUUUAAAUGAUUAA